UCACUCAAUGAAUACACAGUUUGUCGUAAUUUAUGAUUUGUUUGAAUGUUUGGCGCCUUUUGGACAACAAGUGAUUGUCGACACAAACGCAUACUUUGGUCACAAGUGAUGUCCGGUCUCUUUGAAAGUCCCGUUAAGAUUAUCACUAAUGAUAUCCGCAAUUACUUUCCGGUCAUUGAAGGCAAAUGUCAAUCAAGUGUUAAAAAGAAGAAAACAUCAAGAAAUGAGUUGAGAAGUGCGUCCGAAAAGAGACCGAAAAGUGUGCCCAAAGACCGCAAGAGUUUAGCCAAAAGAAAACUUACACUCUUUGAUGCAUCGGAACAGUUGGCCCUUGACUUCGGACAGAAGGACUUUGAUUCAAAACGCUGUAAGACAUGUAAUAUGUUAUAUACAACGGGAGAAGUGGUCGAUGAACGGACUCAUGAGGAAUAUCACGAUAUGUUUGUCAAUAGUUUGAGAUUCAUUGGUUGGAAACAUGAGGAAGUGGUGUCGGUCUAUGACGACGGGAGGAUCAUCCGUAUUGUCGCCGACUCUAAACAUAAAUAUAUGUUUAAAAAAGUGAACGAACUCUUCAAAGUGGCUGACAUUGAGUUAGGAAUAAAUGUGGACUUAGAGUCUAGUCUUAAGCCAACUUCCGUUUAUCUUUUAUUUGCCACUAAAACCAAACGUAUCGCUGGUUUUGUGGCCUCUGAACGUAUUAAAUCGGCCAAUAAACUCAUUAGUGAAGAACCAUUUAUUGCAUCGACCGAUGAGGUGCCGGCCGAGUGUGGAAUCGCCCGAAUCUGGACACAUCCUAAUUUCCGACGCCAAAAAAUAGCGACCCGACUAUUGGAUACAUUGCGAACAUGUUUUUCAUACGGAAAGAUAAUUCCCAAAUCAAACAUUGCUUUCUCUGAUCCAACUAUUAAUGGCAAAGAUUUUGCUAAACAUUAUACUAAAAGAAAUAAUUUUUUGGUUUAUUGC